GCGAACAGGGGAGCAGGACCACCUUCCUUAGGUGUCCCUGCUCCAUCAGUGCCGAGGCGGGACGCGCGCCCGUUUUCAGCGGCUCGCCUUCCCACGGUAGGAUACGCGGACAUGGGGUCCAGAACCCCAGAACUCCGAUCCGAGAGCCAGGACGGUGUACCCCGCCAGGGAUCCAGGCGGGAGCCAGCCGAACCGCGCUCCUUAAGCAGCUGCUCCGCCGAGGGGCGGAGAAUAUGACUAUGAAGUGCGAGCUCCUCCUCACGCUAUGGAUGGGCGUCGUGUUUCAUAUUCACGACGCUUCGCGAUUCUGCAGGAGGCUUCUAACUGCUCCGGAGACGAGGGGCCAGGCUUUGAGGGGCCAAGCCUGCUCGGAUCGGCUGACUCUGGAGGAAGGUGCCUUCGACUGGCUGGUGUAAGGACGGCGCUGUCUACGAUUUGCGCGGGAGAUUCGAAUACCCACUUUCUUUGUGGACGAGGACUCGCGCCUGCUCUGUGGCUUGGUGGCCCUGGGCCUGCCGCGGCUGCGAGGACCUUGAGGCAUCGUCCAUCCCAACCGCACCGUACACCUGGGGGUCCGAGACCCAGCGGGGGCAGCACGGCCCGAGGUAACCCAGCCCGCGGCCGGGCUAUGGCUAGUGGGUCUCCUGACUCCCAGCUUGGGCUUUUGGCCGCUCUCUCCUGCCUGGUGUCCCGCAUCUUAGUGACAGGUUGAGAUGGCAGAGCAUCUGGCUCCACCGCUCCCAGGUCACAUCCCGGUAUCUUGUGCGCUGGGAACUGUGGAAUUCGCGCCUGCGCAGGGCCUUCCGGAGAAGCUGCUUCGAGGUGGACCCCGCCCCUUUGGCGACACGUCUCUGGUUGCCAUGGAGACCGCGUUGUUUACAGAGCCGGGCGUUCCAGUUGUGAUUAGGAGGCUCUCAUCCCCAAUUGGUGUCGUUGUUCUCUGUAGCUCUGAGUUAAUCUAAAAGAGGUCUGCCUUUGAUCAAAUGGCCAAACUACUGCAACCUCCACCCAAGUUCCUGCCCUUGGAGUGGCACAUUGCUAACAAGAGCCAGUACCACAAGGCGGAGGCCCAGAGGUCCCGGUCCGAACGCCUGGUGGCAGAAAGCCAGAGGCUUGUGGAUGAAAUUGAAAAGACCACAAGAAAAGCUCAAAGUGAUGUGAACAAGAAACUAGAACAGAGACUUGAGGAAGUCAGAUUCUGGAAGAAGGAGUUAGAUGACAAACUCGAGCAGCUUGUGUAUGUGACCGAAGAUCUACUCACCUAUCAGAUCAGGCUGCAGAAAGCCCUGGAGAGCUUGAAAGAGCUCUUGCACAUCACUCAGACGUGUCUGGAAUACAGGGAGAAGCGCGUGGGCAUCGACCUGGUGCAUGAUGAAGUGGAGGAGGAACUGAUGAAGGAGGCUGAGAUCAUCCGGGGGGUGAUGGCCCUGCUGACGCGCACCCUGGAGGAGACGACCGAGCAGAUCCGGGUCUCCCAAGAAACCGUAGGUGCCAUCUGGGCCUUCCAGGGGAAACCUUUACCUUCUCCAUUCAGGCUGAACCGCUCUGCAAAGUACAACCUUGAAAAGGAUCUGAAAGACAAGUUUGUGGCCCUGACCAUUGAUGACAUCUGCUUCUCACUCAACAACAACACGCCCAACAUCCGAUAUUCUGAGAACGUCGUGAGGAUUGAACCGAACUCUGUGAGUCUGGAAGACUGGUUGGACUUCUCCAACACCAACGUGGAGAAGGCUGACAAGCAGAGGAACAACUCUCUGACGCUGAAGGCCCUGGUGGACCGAGUCUUGUCCCAGACGGCCAGCGACCUGCGCAAGCAAUGUGACGUGGUGAACACGGCAUUCAAGAAUGGGCUGAAGGAGACCAAGGACGCCAGGGACAAGCUGGCUGUUCAUCUGGCCAAGGUCAUGGAGGAGAUUGCUUCCCAGGAGAAAAAUAUAACAUUUCUUGAAAAAGCCAUCCUUGACCAAGAAGGUCCUGCCAAGGUGGCUCAUACACGCCUGGAGGCCAGGACAUGUCGACCGAACGUGGAGCUGUGUCGGGACUCGGCCCAGGACAGGCUGAUCAAGGAGGUUCAUGGGAUCACCCACAGCAUUGCAAGAUUAAAGGAGACGUUAGCCCAGGCCCAGGUGGAGCUGAAAGGGCUGAAUCGCAGACAGCUCGCCCUGCAGGAGGAGAUCCAGGUCAAAGAGAACACCAUCUACAUUGACGAAGUGCUGUGUGUGCACAUGAGGGAGUCCAUCCCGCCGCGGGAUGGGGGCGACCUCGGGCAGUGGGCGGGGGGCCUCCGCCCCGAUGCUGUCUGCUAGCAGAAGGGACAGUUAGAUGCUCAUUAAACCCUA